AUGUCUUGUGUCUAUCGCCUGCGUCCAUUUGAACACCCGAUUUUCCUUGUCAUUAACAUAUUUCCGUGGGCUAAAAAGACAAUUUUUCUAUCACAUUUUGCUCUUCUUUCUUUCUUUCUUUCUUUCUUUCUAGUUCUGUCCAUGUCUUUCUUUCUUUUUUUUUUCUUUUUAUUCUGUCUAUUUCCUUCAUUCAUUCAAUCAUUCAUUCAUUCUUUCUUUCUUUCUUUCUUUCUUCUUUUCUUUCUUUCUAUCGUGUGUAGUCUUAUCUAUUAUCUUUCUAUCUAUCUAAUCAUAAAUCUAUCUAUCUAUCUAUCUUUCUCUUCAUUAUCUAUCUAUCUAUUUAUCUCCUUUUCUUCCGUUUACAAAGGGCGAUAUUAUCUAUCUAUUAUGUACUUUUUAAUCUGUUUUUUUUCUAUCUAUCUAUCUAUUUAUCUAUCUAUCUAUCAGGAAAAAUAUACAUUUGGUAGUAAAAAUCGGAUAUCUAUCUAUCUAUCUAUCUAUCUAUCUAUCUAUCUAUCUAUCUAUCUCUCUCUCUCUAUAUAUAUAUAUAUAUUUACAUUUUUGAUUAAACACGACAGAAAAGCCGUAGAAAUCGAAUGUAUCUAUCUAUCUAUCUAUCUGAGUCAGUUCAAAUCUAUCUAUCUAUCUAUCUAUCUAUCUGAGUCAGUUCAAAUCUAUCUAUCUAUCUAUCUAUCUAUCUAUCUAUCUAUCUAUCUGAGUCAUCAGUUCAUAUCUAUCUAUCUAUCUAUCUAUCUAUCUAUCUAUCUAUCUAUCUUCAGUUCAACCUUUUUUAAAUCUAUCUAUCUAUCUAUCUAUCUAUCUAUCUAUCUCUUUGAUCAGUUCAUAUUAUCUAUCUAUCUAUCUAUCUAUCUAUCUAUCUAUCUAUCUAUCUAUCUGCUUUCUAUUUUUAUCUAUCUAAUUAUCUAUCUAUCUAUCUAUCUAUCUAUCUAUCUAUCUAUUUUUACUCACUGA